AUGAACAAGCUGUACGUUCAACUGCUGGCGCUCAACUCCGCCAUCGUCGUCCUCUUUAUUGCUGCCAUCACCGUCUUCAUCGCCGGCGUAUACAGCCAUGAUCGAGUUCCAGCACUGCAAGACCAUGUCCCCGUGUUAGACGUCUACCCAGCCCGCUGGACACUGGUCAUUGCCUGGUUCGUCUAUUCCUGGCAGGUCAGCUGGAUCAUCUACUCCCUGAUCCUUGUGUGUAGGUCCAGCCCCCAUCCAGUCCUGCUGACUCCCCUCUUCCUGGGCAUCUACAUCGUGGCGCUUGUACUCCAGAUCAUCAUCAACUCAGUAGCCUUCACGGACAUCGUAACCGUGUCAUUCAUUGCUCUGCUUCUCAUAUCCGUAGCUCUGUUCGGAUGUCUGGCCCUGUCCUACAUAGCUCUGUACCAGCACGGAACCGUUCUAGUCCAACAACAUCGCAGGGUGGACGACGCUCUCAUCAGAGGGCUGGUACAGAAUGGAAUAGCCUUGUACGCUACAUGGACCUCAAUGGCUGCCUUCAUCACGAUGGCCGUCUUGAUGGUUUACCGAUCUGAUCCAACCAUCAACCAGGCAACUGCUUCCUCUGUGGUCCUCGCCUUCAUCGCAGCCUUCCUAGUAGUCUACAGCAUCACCGAUCUGAUUGUCCUGGACAAGUACUCCCGCUACACCUUCACCCCCUACGCUGUCAUCUUAUGGGUCUUGAUCGGUAUCCUUGUCAGUCUGCCUGCAACGAAUGCUACAAACUUCAUCUUCGCGGCUGUGCUGUUGGGGGUAGCUAUUGUUGCUCUGAGUGCGAAGAUAACCCUGGUUGUUGUCAGAAGGAAGGCCGACCCUGUCUUGGCUCGCUUGUCUGCGGGUGAGAGCGCGCAUGGGAUCGAAACGGGAAAUGCAACCAAACCGGAAGUUUCAAAACCGGAAAUACCAAACCGGAAAUACCCAAACCGGAAGUAG